UCAGAGGGGACAGGAUGGGAUGCCCAAAGUGAGAAGGACAUCCAGUUCUCUUCUGUAAUUGUACAUUACAGAUAUUUUGCACUGUUGAUCAUCUUAUGUAUUUGCAUCAUCAGUCGUGGUUCUAUUUUGUGCAUGCAUAAGAAGAAGGGGAUGCUGGAAACUUCAAUGUUGACAUUCUGAUUUGCGGUUCUAAGCUUGACCACAACCGAGAUCGGGCCAGUCUCUGCUGGUAGUGCGGCCACGCUUUGCAGUUUAUCUUUGCAUAUUUGUUGCUUUUUGGUUACCUGAUGUUUGAGCACAUGGCUUUCAGAACAGUAGAAUAUGGAAGAUAGGGCUUCUAUCCAGGAAAGAAUGGGACUGCAGUUCCUUCUAGGAAAGGCUGUUGUGGCUGCAUUGAAAAACAUAUCAUUUACUAGCCAUGCCCAUAUCACAGGAACACUCACAGUUGACAUAGACAGAGAUGUGACUGUUGUGAAAGUUGAUGAGUCACUCACCUCACAGCAUAAUCAAACUGCUCUUUCUAAUGGAGAAAAUGGCAUUGACUUGGUCAUAGGUCAACAUGGCAAUGCUGAUACUUUGCUGAAACCUAUCAAUGAGUAUAGAGUACACAACACAACACAAGAAGGCUCUUUGUUCAUUUCAUCAGACCAACAUCUGUUCCAAACAGAAUUCCCAAUAGCAAUGGAGUCUACUAAUAUGCCUUGUAAACAAGUUGAAAAAACAGAAAGGAAUAAUCUUAUUGAUGAGUUAGAUGUAAACAUUGAGAAUGAACAUAAUGGCAUAGUUGGUUUCUCCGACAUUAAUUUCACAGCAACAAAAAAAUCUUCUCGAUUGUCAAACCUCCAAAGUGCAAGCUUGACUGAAACUGUAGAUUCAGAUAACUCUGAACCCUCUGGCUUAACAGACACCAAGACAUUGGUACAAGAAAAUAAAGAUGAAUUCAUACAACAACUGAUCUCUUAUGCAAAAGAAUCUGGUAUCUCUAAGACAGUGGAGAAGUUGAUCCAGCAUGUAGAAACAGCAGGUAGUGGUUCCAGAAAAGAACAGGGAGAUACUGGAGUGAAACAAGAGGUCAACGAGAGUGACCAUGAUGUGUAUAGUCCUGAGGAGGUGACUGAUGAAGGGAGUGAGGAGGAAUGGAAGCUGUCUGAUGAAAGACAAAUUGGGAAAAGGAAGCGAGGAAGACCCCCAAAGUCAAGGAAAAGCAAGAAAAAAAUUAAACCUAAACAGGUCAAACCACCAAAAACUAGGGCUGCUCCAGCACAACAGACUGUACCACAAGAGCAUAGAGUUGUCGAUGGGAUGAAGGCAGGAAAAUUUCAUUGUGCUCAUUGUGAUUACACCACUGAUCAUAGUGGGCACUACAGGGACCAUUUGAAUAGACACAAAGGCUUAAAGCCACAUCAGUGCAAACAGUGUGACAAAAGUUUCCUUCGUCCAGACGACCUAAAGAGGCAUGAGAAGCGGCAUGCAGAAACUUCUGAAUACACUUGCACUGACUGUGAUGAGAUAUUCAAAAAGAGAGUGGAGUUUAAGCGUCAUAUUAGAGAACAACAUCCAGGGCGGUCUUACAACUGUGAUCUGUGCAGGAGAAUAUUUGUGUGCCAUGAUGAUCUACAAAAGCACAUGGAAGAGGUCCAUAACCACAUUUGUUCCAUAUGCGGAGAGUCAUUUUCAAAGAUGGCAGAGCUGAAGAAGCACAGGGUGAAAUUACAUGCAGAAGAUGUGUUGAAGUGCCAUUUGUGUGGACGCACCUGUCCAAACCGCUCUGCCCUGUACAAACAUAUCCUUAGACACAACAAAGACAAGAAGUUUGUCUGUGAGGAAUGUGGAAAGGCAUUCACAUCUCAGAGUACACUGUAUCAUCAUAGGCGUGGUCUGCAUAGUAGUGAAGAUAACAAACCUUUCCACUGUAAACUGUGUCUCAAAAAGUUUAACUUUAGCAACAGUUUAAAACUUCAUAUGUUGCGACAUAAGGGUGAACGUCCAUAUAAGUGUGAGCUGUGUGUAAAGACUUAUCUAACUUCCUGUCAUCUAAAAAACCAUAUUCAAGCUGUUCACACAAAUGAGAAGAAAUACCAAUGCUCUACAUGUGGGAAGUCCUUCCCCUAUGAAAAUAGUUUGAAACUGCACAUGAUGCUUCAUCAAGAAGAACGCCCUUUCAAAUGUGGCAUAUGUGACCGUGGUUUUGUUAGUAAGAGUGCACUUAAAGUUCAUGAGGGAACUCAUGAGAUAAAAAAUGUAGAAUGUGAAAUCUGUGGAAAAUUCUUUAAGUCUGACCAUCUUUUGAGAGCUCAUAGGCGUAGACACACAGAAGACUCUUCUCGCUUUAUGUGUGACAUUUGUGGGAGAACUUUCAUGUAUAAAAGCAACCUUGAGGCUCAUAGUCUUACUCAUGAAGAAGGGAGGCAGUUUAUCUGCAAUGUAUGUGGAAAGUCAUUUAAGACACAAGCCACUCUGUAUUCCCAUGCACUGGUUCACAAAACCGAAACUCCUUAUAGUUGUUCAACUUGCGGUAAAGGAUUUAAAAGCAAAGACAGAGUGGCAGCACAUGAAAAAAGACAUUCAGGAUUAAAACCACAUGUUUGUGAAAUCUGUCGCAGAGGGUUUCCAGACAAAGGUGGUUUAACCAAACAUAGAAAAACCGUUCACACAGACUUCAAACGUUUUAUGUGCCAAAUCUGUGGCAAGUCGUGUUCACGUGCAGACAAUCUACGCGUCCACAUGAAGAUUCACGGCGAGGAAAACAUGACUAAAAUCACAACUUUGCCAAUCCCAGAUGAAAAUCCUGAUUUGUCCCACUUUGUCUCUCAAGGUGAGAGCCUCAUCCGUGUUGCAUUUGGGGGCACAGCAUCUCACCAGUUGGACCAAAAUGCUUCCAGUGGUGAUGCCAUGGUCACACAUGAGGCUAUGACAACCCAUGAAACUAUUAACACUAGAGAUCUUAUUCCAGCAACUGAUAUUGAUAAUACAAGGGGUAUGGACCCAUCAAUGGACCAACAGCAGUCCAUGGUAAAAAGCCAAGAGCAACCAGGAACUGUCCAAGUGUCAUCUGCUAGUAGUGGCAUGCACAGCCAACAAGAGUUCAUUAAUGCUGCUACUGGAAUGUUAUAUAUGCAGGCCUUUGGGGUGCCAUUUGGAAACUAUAGUGGUUUUCAGUAGUUUUCAGGGAAAUUAAUGUUGGUAUGUGAAACUUCUUGUAGGCAUUUUGUUGUAGUUAUGUAGAUCGCACAUCAUUAUGUGGCUUAACCAUAAUGAAAAGUUAUUUGUUCUUCAUAUUUCUUUUAUAGCAACCCUAGCUAUUUGAGAGCAAAUUUUAACACCACUUAUUUUAGGUGUAAGAGCAUACAUGCAAACAUUUCAUCUUUUAACUAUUAUCUUAAGUGAAAUGUUUCAAAAUGAAUUUGAAUUAGCAGUUAUGAAAACAAUUUUGUUUAAACAUGUGGGGAUGGAAAUUUUACCAGCUGAAUGUUGAACAGGGUGCUGUUUUACUUUAAAAAAACUCUUGCAUGCAACAAUACAAAUAUGUUUCUGUCAUUAUAUAUAAUUUUUAACAUGAGCUUUGUCACAUUCUUUUGGUAGACAUGGGAUUUUAACAAAAAGUAUUUUUAUAUGAAUAUUUUACUGAUACAUUUCUAUGACGAGGUGACUUAUAAGGAUAAUUGUUGAAAUUGUAUCUGUUAUCAAUUCUUAAUUGCUUGCCAUUAUAAAAGAUGUUUUAAUAUUUCUUUUAUUCAUUAGUGGUUCAAUGUUUAAAACUCUCAGCAAUGUAUUGAAUGGUUUUACCUUUUGUACAUCAUUCUUUAUAAUUAUUGUUACAACAAAGGAUUGAGUGUGCAUCUCAUCUGGGAGGGAAAACAAUUUAAAAUGUAUUAUAAUCUAAAUGGUGUAGGUUAGUGAAUUUUUACAUCAAAAGGGGGUGGUGGAAUGUUAGGAAUGGUAGAUGGAUGGUCAGUUUACUAUGAUUAAGGCAGCUUAAGGUUUAGUUGUAGACAUGAAAAGAUUUUGUUUUAUGCAGUUAGUGGCAUAAAGUGUGUGCUUGCUUUUUUUAAAAAUAAAUUUACAUUGUUAAUGUUAUGUACUUGGUAUGGUGUGCAAUAAUAUUGGUUAGCUUUUGUAGAGAUUUUUCAAUAAUUUUGUUUUUUGUUCAGAUUACAUACAUAGUGAUUACUCUGAAAUGUUCUACUUUAUAAUUAAUUGUUAUAAUAACAUUUUUAAAUACUUGGUAAAUGAAAAGUAUAUUUUUACUGAUAGCACAGUGCAAUGCUUCUGGAUGUCAGCAAUACUGAAAUUGCAGUCAACAUAAAGUUUAAAAUAUAAUAAAAUAAAACAUUUAAAAAAAACCAUUUCAGACAUAUUGUAUU